AUGGCACUUAAGCGUGUCUCUUCCGCUUUUGCAGAAAGUGUAGCGUUUCACCGAGAUCCAUUCAAUAAACCAGAAUUGGUUCAUACACUCAAAGGCCGAGAACUAAUUAUUUUUACAAUUCUCUACAUUAUUGGUGUAAUUGGAAUUGUUGUUCUUUUUGAACAUGUAAUGCCUGUAAUUUUUAUAGAUGAAAAGAUGUUAGCUGAGCAAAACCGCAGGUCAAAGAUAUAUUUGGCAAAUCAAAUGUUAUCAUAA